UCUAGUGAUAUUUAUAGAUGGUAGAAAAGGAAGUUCCAUUGCAGGUUCGUAGAGUUCAAAAGUAUUAAAAAAGUGUCUCGGUUAAAAUAGUGAAAAGUGUAUUGUGAUAAAUAUGGCAAAAAGCUACGAUUAUUUAUUCAAAUUAUUGUUAAUCGGCGACUCAGGCGUAGGGAAAACUUGUGUUUUAUUUAGGUUUUCCGAAGACGCUUUCAAUACAACAUUUAUUUCGACAAUAGGUAUAGAUUUUAAAAUCAGAACAAUAGACUUAGAUGGGAAAAAAAUUAAAUUACAGAUAUGGGACACAGCAGGUCAAGAAAGAUUUCGAACCAUCACAACCGCUUACUACCGUGGGGCUAUGGGUAUUAUGUUGGUUUAUGAUAUAACGAAUGAAAAAAGUUUCGAAAAUAUCAAAAAUUGGAUUAGAAACAUCGAAGAAAAUGCAUCGGCCGAUGUGGAAAAAAUGUUAUUAGGUAACAAAUGUGAAUUAAAAGACAAAAGGCAAGUAUCGAAGGAGAAAGGAGAACAGCUUGCCGUAGAAUAUGGUAUUAAAUUUAUUGAAACUAGUGCGAAAGCGAGUAUUCGAGUAGAAGAAGCAUUUUUCACAUUAGCUAGGGAUAUAAAAACUAAAAUGGAAAAGAAGCUGGAAGCCAGCAACCCACCACGAGGACAUCAACUCAAAGCAACAGAACCACCGAAAAAACCCACCAGCUGGCUAUCCAGAUGCACCAUACUCUGACCACUUCCCGGAGUUGCUUAAAAACUCAAACACCGCUUAUCGUCAUAAGCCUACCCAACAACUUACCACUAUGCAACUUCAGGUGGGGGUGUGUUUAAAACUUUUUGGACAUGCCUGAUAAGAGUAUACUUACUAUUUUUACGACCAUUUCUCAGAAUAAACGUCAGUAUUGUAAUCGUUUUAUUUAUUAUAAUUUUAAUACAUCAUAAUUUUUUUCAUUACAACGGAAUCCAGCAACAAACGAACUUAUAGUUUGUAUCCACUAUCAAAUUGUGUAUUUUGCAUUAUUUGUAUUUUGUAUUAUUUGUAUUUUGUCGUAAUAUUGAUCAAAUGACUACCAUUAUUCAUUAAUCUUGCUUUUUUGUUAAUGUGUAGUUUAUACCCAAGUUUUGUUAAAGUUGGAUAAAAUUGCAAAGUAUUUAUACCCAAGUGGAAAUCAUACAUCUCUUUCUAGUAAUAAAAAUCCAUGCUUCUUCCACCUGUUAAAAAUAUAUUAUUUCCCAAAUUAUUAUUCUUCUUGGGUAGUAUUAGUUGUACUAAUACUACAACGAAUAUAAAAAUCGUCCUUUGAUUUCACUAAAACUGGUGUUUCUAAUAUUAGCAAUGUAGUAUAUGGUCUAAAGUCUGUCAAUUAAUGAAGCAUCAAAUAUCAGACUACACAAAAUAAUUUGUAAAUAAUACUAUGUAUUUGGUGAAACUUUGGUAAUUUGUUUUUUUUUUGAGACGGUCACAUACAUUUUGAUCUUCCCUUUAAUUGUUUAGCUGCAUUAAGUAAUCUAACUAUGUGAUAAUAUGUGUCAAUGUGUCUUGUAGUUAGAAAACCAUUUAGCUUUCGUUGUGACGAAGAGUAUUCUUAAUAAGUAUCAUAACCUUGCGUUUUGGUACAUUCAAAAGACCUUAUAUGAACUUACUAUGAAAAUAUCAAUAAAUCCAUGCAUUAGUUGUUCAUUUUCUUAUAUAAGUUCGUUAUCUUAUUCUACAGUAUUAGCUGCCCACGACGAAGAGACAGUUUGCAGCAAAAUAAACAGUACUGAAACUGAAAUGAAUAUUGAAAUAUUUAUUAUUAUAAUAUUUAGUCUACAUGAUACAACCUUGCAAACAUUAUUCACGACGACGUUCCCGAUGAAACAAAUGUUCAAGAUGCUAUCCGUUCAGUUUCAACCAUUUUCCAUACCGUUAACAAAGGCUCUCGAAUCAUAUCUGUGAACUAAGGCUGUUGAAUGGCACGAAAAAUCUUGAAUUUUAGUCUGCAAUUCCGAAAUAUCAGGCGGUGGACCGGUACGAAAAUCAGCAUUCCCCACAUGUACGCAUUAGGUCUGAUGAGUGCGAUUGGUAUGGUAUGGAUUGGUAUGGAAAGUGACAAAGUGGAUACGCAAAAUAAGGCGAUUCCCAAAAUAAUUGCGCAGCAUUCGAAGGGACUCUAUGGCCGUGUGAAAGGUUGUCCCGUCCUACUGAAAUCAUUGUUGAUUAAAUGGUAGGUAGGUUCUUGGCACUACAAAAUACUGAAAAUCAUGUAGAAAUGGCGUGAAAAUUGGUUCUCUGUAGCGCUGUUGAUUAACAGUUAACGGCGUUCAUCGCUUGCUUCAAUAAAAUACAGGCCCAAUAUGCCAUAUACGAAUACAACACACCAAAUGAAAACACAGUCACUAUGAAGGAGGUGCUCGACGCCUACUUUGGGGCGUUCGAAUCCAAGAAAUCUUUUUUCUGCUUGUUAAGCAUAAAUGCGUCAGCAACUGAUUUUAAGCUUGGAUCGUUUUUGCGGCCUUUUCCGUACGACCAAAAAUAGUACUCCAUGAUAAAAAAAAAAUCUACAACACUGAGGACCGUACUGAAGCUCCUAACAUUAGCACGACAUUCACAUUAUGUCAUAACGAUGUUCUGAAAUCGCUCGGUACGUUUCGGCGCAUGACUCAUACAAAUUUUACUAAUACGCAUUUCAGUACUGUUUAUAUUAGCUUUUUUCGCGCUGGACAACCCGAACGUACCCAGAGGGAGAACGCCUGCGCAUUACAAAAUCGAGCGUUCGCGGAGGUCGAAUUUUUCCCUCUGAACACCCUCCGGAUUUUUAAUUCGGUGUUCGCGCAGUACAGAAAAAUAUCCUGAACGUGUCCGGGAUACCCUCUCGACGUUCGAGGAUUUUGUUUCGGAUUUUAAGUUCGCACAAUCGCACAAAAUAUUUGGGAAGAAUUUCUUGACAUUCUGACUGACCAUUAUUCUGUUCUUACUCCGUCCAAUUUUUAAAUUCUUAACCUAAAAUACUGUUUUGUUAAACAACGUGUAGGUGUAGAUUCUGGUUUUUAAAUUAUGUAAAGUGUUGUAUCAUUUUAAUAUUUUUUAUAUUAAAGCUUUUUUAGUUGUGUUUGUCAAUGUUUUGCAUUUAGUAUGUUUAUAAAUAAGUAGGUACCUUUUCUAGUAUUAUUAUCUUAUUACUUUUCAUUCGAUAUUCGAUAAUUAUCUAUUACGGUAGUAUUACAAUAAAUUUUACUCUGUUUUUACUUAAUUUCUUCUAUCUAGAUGAGCUUAUAAGUACCUACAUAUUCUUGUGGUUUAUUUUUCAGUUUAAUUUAUGAGUUGAAUUAGUCUCUUAUUGAAUAAUGAAUCAUAAACAACACAUCAAACUUAUUCUGAAACUAUUUGUGUGUCUUGUUAUAUUUCAUUAUUUUUGUGGUGCAACAAACCACAACACAAUGUCACAACCUAUCAAAUUCAAUAUAUCAAAAUUGGAAAUGAUUGCUUUACUAAAUUAUUCCUUCCUUCAGAUAAUGUUCAACCCCCAGGAAGUUAAAGGUAAUUUUUAUAUCUAAAUAUCAAGAUGCAAUUUCCAAGUAACUCAACAAUCUUUUACAUCCCACAAAAAUUUAAGCUGGAUUUCGGCGUGGAAAUACCAAAUUAUAUUGUCGAAAUAAUAAAGACGCUAAUCAAAUUUCUAACUUCUAAGAAAGGCAUUGAAUAGAAAGUUAAUCCUUUGCCUGUUGCUGUUAUUCUCGUUCUCUUUGUUGAAAUACAAAUUUUUUGCAUUUGCAUUUUUUGUUGACAUUGAUUUCGUAAUAAGAAAGGGACAAGAAAAGGCUUCCUAACCUUCUAACCUCUCUAACCUUAAUGUGUGCAACCCGUCAUUACAUUACGAAUCCCAAAAUUGUUGGCGGAGCGAAAAAUCCUAAACAUGUCCAGGAUAAGUUUACGUUGACACCUGCGCAUUGGAAACCAAUCCCGAACUUACUUUGAAUACGUUCGGGUUGUACAGCGCGAACACUUCUAUUGCAGCAUACCGUACUUGCAUAUUUAUGCAAUAUUUCUACCUUAUCAACUUCAUUUCACUUAUCAUAUUGAACUGUGGGCUUAGUAUAAAUAAAUUUUCAGUUUUUUUUAGAAGUUUCUUUUCAUUUUAUUAACAACGGUACAAAGAGGUGUAAAAUGGAAUAAUUUUUGGCCAUUUUUUUUUGUACCUGUUUUCAGAAUAUGUCCCAUUCUGAGUUGUGGUAAUAUAAAGCUUCCGGUUCUGAUAAAUCGUCUUGCUAGUACAUAUUGCCAGUUUAUGGUGCAUACGACCACCAAAUAUUGUUUUGCUUCUACUGCAUUCUAUACAGGGAAUAAUAUCAAUGUUGCUCGUACAAAGUAAAUUGUGUGUAUUCUACUAUCCUCAAAGGUGAUAACAAAAAAAAUAUCGACAAAGUCUAUUAUUUCAUUUCCUCACAUAUCUGCCAAAACUUUGUAUUAUAAAACACAUAUUUUGUGGCUAUAAAAAAUCACUUAUCAAAUUUGGAGAAGAGUAUUAUUCAUACUUCUGAGAAAUGGUCCACACAUUAGGGAGCUUACUCAGAUAUUUAUGGUUUUUAAGCAUUUUUGGUAAUACUUCAAAAUGGGAAAAAGGCAUGUCGCCUGAUUUUGAUAUUUUUGUGAUUAAGGGUAACAUUUUACCGAUGUAUUUAUAGGGAUAUUUAUAUUUAUGCACAUUUUUAGUAAAAAAUACUUUAGAUUUGUUUAAACCAGUUUGAAAGAUAUAAUUACUUUUUAAUUAAUAAAAUUUUUUUUAAAGCAAUAGUUAAAUGAUUUAUUUCGCUUUUCUUAAAAGGAAGACAACAAUUAUCGUUGAAUAUUUUUUUUACCUGGCCUGUUGGUGUUUGCAGCCUUUCAUAUAUCAAUGCCUUUCAUAUAUCAACGCCUUUCAUAUCUCAUUUUUGAAGUUAAUUUGUCACUUGUCAAACAUCUGGAUAUUACAAGUACCUAAGCAUUACUAUAAGUCUAACUUGUCGUUAAGGGGCUAUCCUAGUGUAAAAGUACGAAAUUAAUAUACUUUUUUUGGAAAUUUCUAAAAUAAAAAGUACUGUACUUGUUUUGAAAAUUUGCAUGCGCAUUUACUAUAAAAGGAAGUACAUGUUAAACAAUUUUCAUAAAAAAUAUUGAAAAUUACACUAUUUAUGCGCCAUCUACUGGCACCGUUAAAAUAAAAACAUGGCCCCACUGCUGCAGUGAUUGGGACUAAUAGAGAUCCUGAAACAUAAAAUUUCAAAGGUAUUAUUGAAAUAUAAGUUAUUUUCUAUUCUAUAUCAUCCACUAGGAUUUUUGAAAAAUAUUAAAAUUUGGAAAAAUUACGAAGUGUUGAAAUUUUUUUUUAAAUUAGCUAAAACAUUUUCAGUUUCAAAACCCGCCAAAUUGACAGUUUUCAUCCGAUCAAAAAACCCGUUGUUGAUGGUAUAGAAAAUAACUCAUAUUUCAAUAAUAACUUUGAAAUUUUAUGUUUUUGGAUCUGCAUUAAUCCCAAUCACUCCAGCAGUGGAGCUAUGUUUUUAUUUUCACGGUUCCGCUAGAUGGCGCAUAAAUCGUUUAAUUAUCAAUAUUUUUUAUGAAAGUUGUUUUACAUGUAAUUCUUUUUAUGAUAAAUGCUCAUGCAAAUUGUCAAAACAAUUGAUAUCUACAGUACUUCUUAUUUUAGAAAUUUCCAAAAAAGUAUAUGAAUUGCGUACUUUUACACUAGGAUAGCCUCUUAAUAAAUAACGCAAAAGAUGGAAAACAUAUUAAAUUGUGAGAUAAAAGAAAUGAAACUAGUAGAGGUGGGAAAUUUAGCGACAGAAACCUAUAAAUUUACAUUAUAUUAAUUUUUUCUCACCUCUAGAUGUAUCAGAGGAGUAUGUCAACUAAAACUGUCACUAUCACAGUGGUAGUUGCCAAACUCGCCCAAUACGUCUAAAGGUUGGAAAGAAUCAAUAUAAUAUAAAUUUAUAGGUUUCUAUCGCCAAAUUUCCCACCUCUACUAGUUUCUUCUCUUUUAUCUCACAAAAUGAAAAAGUAUUGCCUUUAUUGUAUGCAGGGCUAAGUAGCUCGUAUGUGGGUGCACCUGCAAGUGGUGCGAAUGAUGAGAGCUCGAUUUCCACUACAGAUAAAACGAAAAAGUAUUGCCUAUGUCGAAGAUCUAACAAAUCAGUUAUCUAUCUAUUUUGUUGUCAUUGGUGAUUGUUGCUCCUCGAUAUUUAAAUUAUUUAACCACUUCGAAGUAUGAGCCCACACUUGGUAUGAGCUCUUCCAAUUUCUGAAACAAACGGACUAUUUUUAAAAAAGGCUAUUGUAGUACUUAUCAUACUAAUGGACUUUGUUUUUUAUAUUGUCUCGAUCAGGGCGUUACCAAUAAUAACGAUUUUGACGGCAUCAAACACAUUGUUGGCUAAAGAGACACUUAAUAUGCUUUAAAACUUUACGUAAUACUAAACCAUAUCAAGAAACUUAUUCGACUUAUAAAAUUAUAUCUUUCAAAUCCUCCAUUCGGAUUAGCCGUAUUGAUUAGCUUUCAAAAAAUUGUUUGACGGAUGUUUUUAUUUAUUGUAAAUAAAAAACAUUUUCAAGUCGUGAUCAUUUUCAAUCUUAGAUAAAUGUAUAGCUAAUAAAAGUUUUAUUUUUUUAACUGGGCACUAAAUAAUCACUUGUAAACUGACCGCGGUGAAUUUUCAAACAAGCUGUACUCCCGGUGUUUUAAUUUUGCCUUGCCUAACUCUUGAGAUUUUUACAUUCCAAAAAUUAAGAAGUAGUCUAGAAGCCACUGCGCAUCCGCUAGGAAAAUAUUUUGAUUCGGGUUUUUUGCACAAUCUUACUCCAAAAGGACCCCUUUUAACAAAUUUACAUGUUGCCAGGUCCAAAGGUGGGUCAAAAAUUUUUUAAACGUUUUUUUUUGUUUUUUUUUUUUGCUAAAAUAAUUUUUGUUUGCAUCGAACAAACUUUUUUUAGGUUUUUUUGGAUAAUUCCAAACGAAAAGGUUUAGUGACUUUUCUCUAAAGUUGAUAGCUUUUGACAUAUAAGCGAUUAAAAAUUGCGAAGUCGGCCAUUUUUAACCCUCAAAAACUAUUUGAAAACUGAAAAUUUCGAUAUUGCCAAGGUAGGUAGAUAUUAUUUAAACAUCGACUGAUGAAAUCCCGAAAAGUUUUUUGUAAUACAAUAUCGAAAACCCCUUUGUUUUUUAAUUGCUAACCAAGCGGCCGCUACACUAUUUUCAACCGUUGCAUGUAUACAUUGUAUGUACUAUGCGUAAAUACAUGUGCGGAAAAAUAUUUUGAUUAAAUUUUUUUUCACUAUCUUGCUUGAAAAGGAUCCCUAUUAACAAAUUUGCAUGUUUUCAGGAUCAAAAAUGGAUAAAAAAAUUUUAAACAAUUUUGUUUAAACUUAAGUUAUUUUUCGAUUACAUAAUAUUAUACAUACAUGCUACGGUUGAAAAUAGUCCGCUUGAUUAGCAAUUAAAAAACAACGGGGUUUCGAUAUUCUAUUGCAAAAAGUUCUUCGGGAUUUCAUCAACCGAUGUUCAUAGAAUAUCUAUGUACCUUGGUAACAUUAAAAUUUUCGGUUUUUCACAUAGUUUUUGAGGGUUAAAAAUGACCGAUUUUGCAAUUUUUAAAUUUUCACUCGCUUAUAUCUCGAAAACUAUCACAUUUAGAGAAAAGUCACUUAAGAUCUUUUCUAUUUGGAGUGAUCCAAAAAAUCUUAAAAAAUUGUCUAAUGCAAAAAAUUAGAUUUAGGAAAAAAAACGUUUAAAAAAUUUUUGACUGCUUUUUGAUUAUGACAACAUGCAAAUUUGUUAAAAGGGGACCUUUUCAAGCAAUAUGGUGAAAAAAAUUGAAUCAGAAUAUUUUUUCUGACGUACAUUUACGCAUAUUACAUAUACAUUCAACGGUUGAAAAUAGUGUCGCGCCCGCUUGAUUAGAAAUUAAAAAACAAAGGGGUUUUCGAUAUUUUAUUGCAAAAAACUCUUCGGAAUUUCAAUAUUUUAUUGCAAAAAACUCUUCGGAAUUUCAAUAAUCGAUGUUUAAAGAAUACCUACCUACCUUAGAACAUUGAAACUUUCGGUUUUUCACAUAGUUUUUGAGGGUUAAAAAUGGCUGAUUUCGCAAUUUUUAAAUUUUUAGUCGCUUAUAUGUCAAAAGGUAUCAACUUUAGAGAAAAGUCCUUUUCUAAAAGGCCUCUAAAGACCUUUUCUAUUUGGGAUUAUCCAAAAAACCUAAAAAAAAACUUUGUUCGGUGCAAAAAAAUUAUUUAAAAAAAAAACAAAAAAACGUUUAAACAAUUUUUGACCCCCUUUUGGAACUGGCAACAUGCAAAUUUGUUAAAAGGGGUCCUUUUGGAGUAAGAUUGUGCAAAAAAUCCGAAGGUUCCACGGUAGAAGAAUUAUUUCGCGCAGCAGCCGAUAGAGAGAGGUUUCAGGAACUUGUAAACAUCUGCCAACGUCUGAAUACGGACACGGCAUAUGAAGAAGAUAUGUCAAAAACUAUGAACGUUGUUUCAAAAAACCUAAAAAAAAAACUUCGUUCGAUGCAAACAAUUAAUUUUAGAAAAAAAAAAACAAAAAAAACUGGUCAAAAAAAUUUUUUGACCCGUUUUUGGACCUAGCAACAUGCAAAUUUGUUAAAAGGGGUCCUUUUUGAGUAAGAGUGUGCAAAAAAUCCGAAUCAGAAUAUUUUUCCUAGCGGAUGCGUAGUGGCUCUCUGGACUAAAGUGUAACUACAAAUUGAAGUACUUUGCAAAUUCACCCAUUUUUAUUAAUUUCAUGAAGUUUCAAUUUUAUUAUUUGAAAUUCCAUGAUUUUAAUAAGCCUUGUAUUUGGACUUAAAAUUUUAAUUUAAAUUAUUGUUAAUUUUUAUAAGGAGACAUAGAUUUUGUACAUUUAUAUAUUUACAUAGACAACACAAAUUUUUAUCAAGUUUAUUACAUGCCCUAAUUAUAGUUUCAUAAAUGUGUAAAUAAAUUAUAUGAACAUUUUAAA